UAGAAUCGAACCUGAACUGAAGUCUACGAUUUAUUGCACGGCACUACGAGAGGGCGGGGAGAGAGAGUGGGAGUUUCUUUUUCAGAAAUAUAUGACGGCAACCGUUCAAGCAGAAAAGUCACGCCUACUAAGUACUCUUAGUUGCACGAGAAAAACGUGGAUUUUGAAUAAGCUUCUGGAAUACGCCCUAGACACCAGUAUUGUGAGGAAACAAGAUGCCUACAAAGUGUUCAUAUACGUCGGGAGGAAUAUCGUCGGCCGGGCUGUUGCUUGGGAUUUCUUCAGGUCGAAAUGGGAUGAUAUCUUCGAAACAUAUGGGACUGGAUCAUUUUCCUUAAGCGAUAUCGUUUCUGGUGUAACGGCAUCAUUCAACACAGAGUUUCAACUGCAACAGCUGAAGGAUUUCCAAGCUGCUCAUCCGGAUAUGGGAUCGGGAUCUAGAGCCAUGGCUCAAACUAUAGAAAAUACAAAUACAAACAUACAGUGGAUGAAGGACAAUUAUGAUACUGUAAAGAAAUGGCUCGAGAACUACAAGAAGGCAUAACGACGUCACAAUGACGUCGCUUGAAUUAAUGCAAGCGUUAAAUGACAAUGAAAAACUGAAAUAGAAUGCCCGUUCUUUAGAAGAAUGCAUUUUAAAAUAUUAUAAUCGGACAAUAGUUUAUAUUUUCUUGCUUUUAUUUGCAAUGUAGUACUUGAAUUUCAAAUAAAUGAUAAUUUUUAAAAUUGUU